GAUCGUGCUCAUUGGUUGAGUCAAUAACGCUUUCUCAUUGGUAAUCUCCAUUUAAACUUCUAUUAUUCGUUGAAGAUUCACUCCGCUAGAUAUAUAUUAUGACUAAUGUAGAAGGGUGAUAAUUUUCGUUCGUAAUUUUAUUAUUAAAUGUUUGUUAAAUAUGGUGAUAGCUAUAGGUUUCGAGGGUAGUGCGAAUAAAUUAGGUAUUGGAAUUAUACGUGACGAUGAGAUUUUAUCUAAUGUACGAAAUACUUAUAUCACACCACCGGGCGAAGGAUUUUUACCACGUGAAACUGCGGAGCAUCAUCGAAAAUGUAUAAUUGAUGUUCUUAAGGAAGCAUUGUACAAUGCCAAAGUUUCUAUGAAAGAGAUCGACGUCAUAUGUUAUACGAAAGGGCCAGGAAUGGGUGGUCCUUUGACAGUUGCUGCGUUAGUGGCUCGUACUAUGGCUCAGAUUUACAACAAACCGAUGGUAGCGGUCAAUCAUUGUGUGGCACAUAUCGAAAUGGGUCGUUUAAUUACUGGUAGUACAAAUCCUACUGUGUUAUAUGUGUCAGGUGGAAAUACACAAAUUAUUGCAUAUUCUCGUCAAAAAUAUCGCAUAUUUGGAGAAACAAUAGACAUUGCCGUUGGCAAUUGUCUAGAUCGUUUUGCAAGAUUGUUGAUGCUUUCCAAUAAUCCUAGUCCUGGAUACAACAUUGAACAGCUUGCGAAAAAGGGAAAGAAGUUGGCUCCAUUGCCAUACGUAGUAAAAGGAAUGGAUGUAUCUUUCUCUGGUAUUUUAAGUCAUAUCGAGGAACAUCUUUCUAAUUGGAUCAAGAAUGAAGAAUAUACACCAGAAGAUUUGUGUUUCUCUUUGCAAGAAACAGUUUUUGCCAUGCUGAUCGAAAUAACUGAAAGAGCGAUGGCUCAUGUGGGAGCAAAUGAGGUAUUAAUCGUGGGUGGUGUUGGAUGUAAUGAAAGAUUACAGGAAAUGAUGUCAAUCAUGUGUAAGGAAAGAAACGCAACAUUGUAUGCAACUGAUGAGAGAUUUUGUAUUGACAAUGGCGUUAUGAUCGCUGUCGCGGGAUUGUUACAAUAUAAGAAUGAUGGUCCUACCCCUUGGAUCGAGACGACCUGUAUACAAAGGUAUAGAACCGAUGAUGUACACGUUACGUGGAGAACCUAAGAUGUUGAAUUUUAAUAAAAAUAUGAUUAUUUUAUUUUC